AUGGAAGGAUUAUCAAUAGGAAGUUCUAAUAAUUUAAGAAAAGAAAUACUUAUCACCUCGACACCAUUUACUAAUCAAGGUGGUAAAGAACGCCUUAGAUGGAAGCAUUUAUCCCCUCGUUUUAACUGGAAGCGAAGACUUAAUGGCAGUCUUGGCCGAUUUACCCCUAACAAUCAGGCUCAAGGCGACAAGGCGUUGGAUUAUUCUCCCAAAGCUACAAUCAAAGCCCAGACUGAAGCAAAAUCGAUCACUUUUAUUACUAUCCCUGAUAGCAAUAGUGAUGAAGAAUGUAAAGAUAAUAGUCAAAACAGGACGCCAUUUACUAGUCUAGGCGAAAAAGAAGACUGUAGAAGGAAAGAUUCAUCCUAUUUUGUUAAGAGCAAGCGAAGAAGGCUUAAUAAUAAUUUUAACCGAUCUCCUACCUCUGGCAAUCAGGUUCAAGGGAAUAGCGCGUUCAAUUAUUCUCCCAAAGCUACAAUUAAUGCCCAGACUGCAGCAAAAUCGAUCACUUAUAUCACUAUCAGUGAUAACAGUAGCGAUGAAGAGUGCAAAAAUAAUAAUCAGAAUCCGUCAAAUCGUGCAUUAAUUAAGGCUAAAAAAGAGUGCAAACGAUCAGAUAAUGCCAAAAAAUAUGAACAGUUGACGUCAGGCAUACCAAACGAUACUUUUCUAAAUCAAAGGCUAGAUUGGCAGGCUAUAGAAAUAUAA